AUGAGGCGCCCAAACCGCGCAUCAUCAGCACGCCGCCAAAAGCCAGACAAGCCGUCCCAGCGCAUCCAGAGAAUCGAGCUCAACGAGCACGAGGAACAGCGCAUACAGAACCUCUACGCACCCUUGCCCCUCGCAAGAAACCCAAACAUCUCCAUACGCCACCUCGACCUCAACCAACUAAGGCAGCUCGCACGCGCAAACCGACAGCCAUCGCUGCCCCUCCCCACCCUCGCCUCCCUCUGCGCAACCGUCGCAGCACGCACCUUUCCCACCUGGAUCCUGCCCAGCCAAGACACUUUUCAGCGAGCAAAGCACGCCCACCAUCGCCCAUCGGCCGCUGCAACCACGUCCGCUUCCCCUCCCAAGAAGCGCAGGCGCACCACAAGGGAUGCCAACAGACCCUUUGGAGCCACAACCCGCCUCGACCAAGACCACUCCGGAGACUACGUCGAGCCCGACGGCAAAGCCACCGACGGCGCAACACGCACCUCCUCUCGCAGGUCCAAACGCACCCGCAACGAUGCAGGCCCCUCCGCACAGUCUCCGUCCGCAAACACAUGCGGAUCAACAUCCGUACCUUCCGACGCCCCGCUGCUGCUGCCCGACGAGCUCGAGCAGCUCACCCGCCGCAACGCCGCCCUCCUCAAGAUGCUGCCCUCGCAGUCGUCGUUUGCCCUCUUCCAGGCCAUGUGCCUGCACUGCCCCGAGAUGCUCAGCCGCGCAGUCGUCUCCACCUACUUUCUCCCCACCGCGCCCUCAUCCCCCUCGUCGGCCUCGUCGACGCUGCGCGCACCCAGGACCCACGUCCUCAUGCCCGCCUCGCUGCCCCUCUUUGCCUCUGGCGGCGCAUCCGACGCUCCCAUGCUCCUCUCGACCAUGGCGUCCGCCCUCUCCAGCCAUGCCGCCCGCAGCCUCACGAAUGCCGCCGUCUUUGGCCAGGCCGCCUUUUCCCUCACCUCGCUCCAGCUCCACGGCCUCACCGGCCUCAAGGACCCUUCGCUCGUCCGCCUCUUUACUGCGCACCUCGAUGCCACCGACAAGACGCGAGCAGGUGGCAGCGCCACGACAACGGCGGCGAUCUCCGACGCGGGAUCGCGCGGUCCACUCCGGCUCGAGGUCGUGUCGCUCAAGGGCUGUGUGCGCAUCGGCGACGCCGCCGUCGCGGCUCUUUGCGGCGGAUCCGGCUCGACGCUCAAGUACCUCAACCUCGACUGCACCGACAUCACCGCCAAGAGCCUCGAGGCCAUCCUCGUCGGUGCGCCACAGAUCGAGACGCUCAAGCUCGGCGACGUCGAUGGACUGACCGACGACACGGUGCCGCCCGCCGUCGAGCGCGCCUCGGAGACCGCCCUGGCGUGCCGGUCGCCGUUUGUGCCGCUCUCGCGCCUGACGAACCUGCGUCUGCGGCGAACCCAGGUGGGCGACCUGGCGCUCGGCAGCCUGCUCAAACACUGCGCCCGCACGCUGCAGCGCCUCGAUGUGUCUUACUCGCUAAUCGGCUCGGCGGACGGAGAGCUCGACGUGCUUGCGUUCGCGUUGGGCCUCGAUGCCGCGCGCGGCCGAUCGCUGCAUCGGCGGUGCGCGGGAAUGAGAAACGAGCUGACUGGUGGCAGCGUUCUCGAGGACGAUUCGUGGAUCAAAGACUUGCUCGACGGCGGGAGGGGCAGCGCCCAGGCCGUGGACUUUGAUGGCGCGGCAGGCGGUGCGAGCGCAUCGACGACUGCGCCGCCGCAGCGACGUGGACGCGGGCGCAGGCAGCAAGAGCAGCAGCAGCAAAAGCAGAGGCAGCAGCAGCAGCAAGCGGCCGAGGUGGCGGCCCGCGAAGCGCCGCCGAGAUGUGACCUGAUCAAGCUCAAUAUCUCUGGACUGACGCUGACCCCGCUCGGGCUCGGUAGCUUCCUCUUUUCGCUCUGCGCGCCCAGCCGGAUCGACGAGGAGCCUCUCGAUGACGAGAGUGGCGCCGACCAUGCCAGGCAGAGAGGCGAUGGAAACGGCACUGGACACAGGGACGGCGACGGCGACGGCGACGGCGGGCACGAAGGCGAAAGCGGAAAGAGAGGCGCCGCCGGUGCUGCCGGCACACCGUCACCGCCCGUGCCACCGGCGGCAGUAGGGCUGCACACGUUGCUGCUAGCGGAUCUACGACGACCGGAUCCGAGCAGCACUCAGAGCGGGCGACGCGGCGUGCAGUGGGACGACGACGACGUGGUCAACAUCCUGGUGCCGCUGUACCUGCUGGUCAAGCAUCGGCGCGGUCGCGGGUUCAAGUCGGUCUCGCUGGCGGGCACCGAGGUGAUCGCGUCGUUUGUGUGCGCCGUCGCGUUUAUGCCGGCCUGGCUCGACAUUGAACGGCUCCUCGUCCGCGAUGACAUGGGCGACAUGCUCCCCACCGCCUUUAUGGCGUGCCUCGUCGCGUUCUUGGCCGGGUGUUGCGAGCGUCUGAACCUCUCGCGCCUACCACGGCUAGACGGCAAAGUCCUACGUUUCGACACACUAACCUACCUCCCGGCCCUGCAACGAACACUCCAAGCCUCGACGCCAGCCACGCACCGUCGAAUCCCAAUCGAAGUCCCACUCCACGGGACGAGGGCCAGGGCUGGGUCCUCCUCCUCCUUCGACGACGACGACGACGACGGGGAGGGAGCAAUGACGACAGACGCCGGGUGCGGUACAGUCCCGCUUCCCGGCGGGACGCGACGCACCUACCUCGCCCACCUUGACCUGUCCGAUACGAAACUCGACGACGACCUCCUCCUCGUCCAGCUCGCUGCCCCUCGUCGGUCAUUACGAAAGGUAGAGUGGUACGAUAUAGGACUAGGUGGACGCUUGCAGUCCCUCAACCUCGCCAACACCGGUGUCCAAGCCUCGACGCUCGACGAGAUCCUCAGCGUGCAUCCCUUUCUCUCCCAGAUCGACCUCACCUCGUGCCGCGGCAUACCCGUCACGCGUCGGCGCACCUACUUUUCCAGUGGCGGCGGCCACGAAGAGAAGGUCGAGGUAGCCAAGCGAGGAGAAGGAGGAGGAGGAGGAGGGGCGAGGGCUCGGCGACGAUGA